AUGCCUGUGCUGCCCGUGCCUGUGCUGCCCGUGCCUGUGCUGCCCGUGCCUGUUGCUGCCCGUGCCUGUGCUGCCCGUGCCUGUGCUGCCCGUGCCUGUUGCUGCCCGUGCAUGUGCUGCCCGUGCCUGUUGCUGCCCGUGCCUGUGCUGCCCGUGCCUGUGCUGCCCGUGCCUGUGCUGCCCGUGCCUGUGCUGCCCGUGCCUGUUGCUGCCCGUGCCUAUGCUGCCCGUGCCUGUGCUGCCAGUGCCUGUGCUGCCCGUGCCUGUUGCUGCCCGUGCCUGUGCUGCCCGUGCCUGUGCUGCCCGUGCCUGUGCUGCCCGUGCUUGUGCUGCCUGUGCCUGUUGCUGCCCGUGCCUGUGCUGCCCGUGCCUGUGCUGCCCGUGCCUGUGCUGCCCGUGCCUGUUGCUGCCCGUGCCUGUGCUGCCCGUGCCUGUGCUGCCCGUGCCUGUGCUGCCCGUGCCUGUUGCUGCCCGUGCCUGUGCUGCCCGUGCCUGUGCUGCCCGUGCCUGUGCUGCCCGUGCCUGUGCUGCCUGUGCCUGUUGCUGCCCGUGCCUGUGCUGCCCGUGCCUGUGCUGCCCGUGCCUGUUGCUGCCCGUGCCUGUGCUGCCCGUGCCUGUUGCUGCCCGUGCCUCUUUGCUUGCCGGCAGGUGGGAGGAGUGAGGCGGAAGGUGAGUGAUUCGGCAGCAGCAGCUGCGUGGAAGUUUGACCGUGCUGCAGGCAUGCCAGCAUGCGUGGGGGAGGACGUUCAAAGGGUGGCAGGUGGGAGCAUGUGUGCGCCGUAUGGGCCGCUCCGCAUGCUCAGUCAGAAGAUCAAGCGCCAUAUUGAGCGCCGUAUCGAGAGCUGCGACGACCGGCGGAUCUGA